AUGUCUUCGAAGCUGAUCCCAGGAGUGCAGCAGUUUCGAGUCCCCGACUUCCAGAAACCUCGCGUCAAGGCAUGUUUGUCUUGUCGGGAGAAAAAACGCAAGUGCAACAAAGAGUCUCCGGUGUGUUCGUAUUGUCGUCGGCGCAACACCAACUGCUCCUAUAGCCAGGCAGGUCACUCAAAGACGGCCAGUCUGGCCGAAACAAAACCAGAAAAUACUCCACCCAAGUCCAGCUGUUCCCAAUCGUCAAUAGUGCCAAAGGCUUUUUGGCCGUCAAAACAAAACACAGACAAUGGACCGGACACAUUCAAAAACAUAACUCCCAGCAUGAGAUACGGCCCGGUGUACACCAACAUCUUCAGUUCGUCAUUAUUCCAAAACGGUGCAUCUGGGUCCGAGGACCUGAAAGUCUUGAAAUCGUACGUCCCAGACAGAAAGAAGGCAGACACGCUGCUGGAUCGGUACACCAGCUCCAUUCACCCAAUUGUACCCGUUUUUGAUCUUCGUGAGUUUUAUCCGCUGUACGAGACCUUCUGGGACAACGAGUCUGUUGCAAAUAUAGAGUUCUACAUUGUUCUUUUCACCGUGUUUUACGCUGCCUCUGUUUCGGAGUACGAGGAAAUGUCCAUUGACGAGCACUUUUCUCUAGUUGCAGACGAGUUAGGACUGCAGAUGAAAUACUACGUGGGGGCAACGGAAAUUGCGCUCGCAAUGCACGAAUUCCCCACCCAGGUCGCGCUUGUUGAUUUGCAGUCUACGUUCAUCCUCCACUAUGUUCUCCGCUCAGACUGUCGCACCGACGAUUGCGGGUCUACAGGGUUUUUGGUCAGGCUGGCCCAGUCCAUCGAGCUUCAUCGAGAUCCCUGGAAGUACCACCAAUUCACCGAUAAUCGGAAAAUCCAGCUACGUCGGCUCUUGUGGUGGCAUAUCUACUAUCUCGAUUGUACAACUGCCUUGUCCACCAAGAUCUCGCCAAUCAUUGUUGAAGGAGAGUACGAUACGCUGUACCCAAACGAGUACACCAAAACUGCUUCUGGCGAAUAUCGUCUCGAUCGUUACAUCGCGUUUGCAAACCGACGUUUCAGCUGGGCCGAGCUGUGCAACAGGAUAUUGCGAUUGUCCUCGCGUCUUGCAGCGCCUGCAGACCAGGAACUUUAUUCUAUCCAAAAAGGUAUCGAUAACCUAGCCAUACAAUGCAACGCUUCCGUACAAAGAAUCUCGGAAGCCAACACGAACAUGGCCCACGAUUCAUUUGUGCUGUUCAGCACUUCAAUCAUUCCAACGCUGGCCGAUAGAUGUCAUAUCCUCGUGUACCUUGCUUUCCAGAUGUCUUCGCCUAAAGAAAUUUCUUCGGUUGCAGACAUUCAAGUCUCCUCGAUCGACCCGGAUUUUGAGGAGAGCCAGGUCCGUCUUCUUCAGGAGUUUCUUCAGUACGGUUCUAUGCCCAAGAACAAGAAGUUCCUAUGGGAGAUCCGAAAAUACCAGCCUAUCCAGUCAAUUUUGACGCUCCUGAGAAGUUUGGUAGCAGACGUGGUUGGCUUCCAGGACCACUUUGACAGUUACGACUCGCUCAAGGCUUUGGAGUCCAGCCUUAAGGCUGAAGUCAUUUCCAACGCUGUGGAAAACCUUUCGUAUCUUGCCAACCAUACAACGCCGCUUUGCAGACAACGAUGGAAUCUGGUCAAGGACUUGAAGGCUACCACAUGGCAGCAGCUGUUUACGCCCAAAACCCCAGAAAUUUUUGAUGACAACAAAGCUGUCACCGGCAGCACUUGUUCGAACUCGAGCGACGAGUCGUUCCCGCUUACUGAAGAGUCUUGGGUGGAAAUGCUUUCGGAACUGGGCAAAGUCCAUCGCAAGAUCGAUGAAAAUAUCAGCAUUAAAAUUUGGGACAACGACGCUGGACAUUACAUUCUAUAA